GACAGAACCGAAAUCUGAAGUCCAAGGAGAAAUCUAGUUUCCCCGUUUGCUGGUUAGCAGCAGUAAUACAAUCACAUAUAAGUAUUCAGAUUUGGCAUUUUGGAUUAGUGCACAGUUAUGUCAGGCCAGUUCGCCCAGCUCUCCAAAUGCAAAGAAAUGAACUACGCACGCUUCAUCUCUGCAGUGAGUGCUGCCAGGCAAGUCUCACCCAUAAGAGCAAUGACUGAUCUUAUGAUGAGAUCACCGCCGUCUGUCAUAUCACUUGCUGGAGGGGCUCCGAAUCCAGAUACAUUCCCAUUCAUAUCUGCCAGUGUGACAGUGAAUGAUGGAACUACCAUAGAGAUUGGCGAGAGUCUGAUGAAGAAAGCUCUCCAGUACUCUGCCACUCCCGGAGUACCUGAAUUAGUUUCUUGGUUAAAGGACUUGCAGAAAAGCCUGCACAAUCCACCAACACUUACUUACAGUCCCGACAAAGGAAAAAUGGAACUUUGUAUCACUACUGGUAGCCAGGAAGGACUGUCUAAAGUGUUUGAAAUGCUUGUAAGCCCUGGAGAUAAUGUCCUGUUGGAUACACCUACUUAUUCCGGAACCCUGGCAGCUUUGAAACCAUUAGGUUGCAACCUCAUUGGUCUCCCCACCGAUCAGCAUGGCAUUAUUCCUCAGGCUCUUAAAGAGGUCCUUUCGAGAUGGCGCCCAGAAGAUACAGCCCACGCAGAGAUGAAAUGUCCCAAAGUUCUGUACACUAUUCCAAAUGGUGGCAACCCAACAGGAGCUUCACUAACUUUAGAACGCAAAGUAGAAAUCUACCAGCUUGCACAAGAGUAUGAUUUAAUUAUAAUUGAGGAUGAUCCGUAUUACUUUCUUCAGUUCAAUAAGCCUUGGGCUCCUUCUUUCCUUUCAAUGGAUGUUGAUGGUCGUGUUAUCAGAGCUGACUCCAUGUCGAAGAUUUUAUCUUCUGGAUUAAGGAUUGGAUUUCUAACAGGUCCGAAACCACUUCUUGAGAGAAUAAUUUUGCACAUGCAGGCCUCCACUUUGCAUACAAGCACUUUCACUCAGAUUAUGGUUUUACAGUUACUACAGAAAUGGGGGCAAAAGGGUUUCUUGGAACAUGUUGAAAGUGUAAUACAGUUCUAUAGGACACAACGAGACGCAAUGCUUGCUUCCGCAGAUAAGUGGCUAACAGGUUUGGCCGAGUGGCACAGUCCUUCGGCUGGCAUGUUCCUGUGGAUGAAGGUUAAUGGGGUGUCUGACACACAUCAGAUGAUUAUGUUAAAAGCAAUAAGUAACGAGGUUCUUCUAGUUCCUGGUUCAGCGUUUAAUAUAGAUAAUUCAGAGCCCAGUUCUUACGUGAGAGCAUCUUUUUCGCUGUCCUCUCCAGAAAAGAUAGAUCAAGGUUUGCAGAGACUGGCGUCCCUCAUCAUCGAAGAAAGGAAAUAAAUCAACCGAACACCAUAAUUUAACUCAUGAUAAUCUGGAAACCUAUAGAGCUAAAAAGAGUACGUUAUUCCCCUAGAAAUGUAAAACGUCACACACAACUGGUCAAACAAACAAUCCUUUACAAUGUUGUCUUAAUAGGAAAACAAAUUACACAUCUUAUCAGCACUUUAUGAACAGUUAAGUAAAUCGAGGAGCUGUCAGAUCCUACAUUACACUAAAUAAACCCAUGUAAACAGUGUUCAAGUGUCUUCCAAAUCUGUAAUAGCAACCAAAAUAUCACACAUAUUUAUUAAAGUCAUUGUUCCGCCUACUGUA